AUGGCUCUGCGCCUCCUCCCGCUGCUGCUCCUGCUGGCUGCUACCGUCCUCAUCGCCCGGGCUCAAGGUGUUGGCAUCUCAGCCUCAGACUGCUGCCUGAAGAACAGCCGGAAAGCCAUCCCCAGCAGCUGGGUGAAGUCCUACACCAUCCAGGGACCGGAGUCGGGAUGUUUGCUGCGUGCUGUUGUGUUUACCACCAAGAGGAAUAAGAAGAUCUGCGCCUCUCCCACCGACCCCACUGUCCAGAAGCUGAUCCAGAACCUGGACAAGAAGGUGAAGAAUGACAAGAAGGACAAGAAGAAGGGACAUACCACGCGUCCCGGGGGCAGACCCAAGCGGCAGAAGAGGCAGCGGGUCUAA